AGUUCAGUCUGCUCCAACGCAAUUCGAAGAAGAAGACACGCCAUAGACACAAACUGUUGGCACUCCGCGCGGAUUUCUUGGAUCUGCGCUGGACCCCCCCAGCGGCGCCUCUAGCGCCGCACCUGGCGGCUCCGCGCGCCAGGGGGGUGCUCUAGCCCAGAUCCAAGAAAGUCGCGCGGACCUCCAAAAGUUCAUGUGCAUGCUGCUUUUUCUUCCUCCAGCCAUGGCCCGAUUCCUUCUGAGCACAGUCUUCUGGCUCUCGCCGUCAAUCGGCGGAACGGCUGCCAUGACCGUUGUGUCCACCAACCAGUCCCUCGGUGUCGCGAAUCGCGGCGCGGAGGCCACGACCGCGAGUGCCUCGACGGCGACGCCGUCUGAAGUACCAACCACAGUCGGGUACAACAACGCUCUCCAGCAGGAGCCCAAACUUACGAACGGUGACUUCUCAUCCGGAUCCAAUACGCAUUCCAUUCUUUCCAAUCGUCCGAGCCCAGACCCAGUCGUUGGCGAUUCGUAUUAUUUUGAUCUCGGUGGUGUUUACGACGUGGCUUCAAUUGCGAUUGCCCCCGGUAAUGCAAAAUGGGGUGGAACCGAAUGUCCCAAGGUCAUCAACAUCUACACAUCUAGCAGCUUGAAUGGGCCUUGGGCCAUGUCGCAAGCAAUUACAAACGGUGAUUCGAGCCCUGCUCGGAAGGACUUUUCGUUGGCGUUAAUGACGACGCAAUUCGUCAGGCUGCAUUUCGUGAGUAGUCAUGGCAAUAGUCAUGUCCUUGUCCGACAGGUCGCAUUCUUUGCCAGCCAGGCGACGCCAUCUCCGACCCCGUACCCAACGUUUUACCCGACGGCCUACCCCACCGCUUUCCCGACGUCCAGUCCGACUGCCAUCCCGACCGGCGGAAGCGCUGCUGCCGUUGGGGACCCCCACCGUCAAAACGUUCAUGGCGAGCGGUUCGAUUUGAUGAAAGCGGGCACACAUGUUCUGAUAAACAUCCCUCGUGGACUGAGCGCUGAAGACGCAUUUCUUCGUGUGCAGGCUGAUGCGCGCCGACUGGGAGGACACUGCGCGGACAUGUACUUCCAAGCAUUGAACGUUUCAGGGUAUUGGGCAGAGGCCGAACAAGUUGGAGGGUAUCAUUUCAGCGUUUCUCAAAGCUCAGCCGAGGUCCCAGAAUGGCUCGCGUUGGGUCCAGUACAGUUGAAAGUCAUUCAUGGACAUACGGACAGUGGCUCCUUGUAUUUGAACGUGUUCGUGAAACAUUUAGGGCGAGCAGGAUUUGCCGUCGGAGGUCUUCUGGGGGAGGACGACCACACAGACGUGACCUUGCCGUCGGAACUAUGUGCGACGCGUACGGAGCUCCAUGAGCCUGCGUACCGAGAUGGUCCGAGUGGCUCAAAUACUUCGUCUGUCGCCCUUGCAUCCUACGCUUGACAGUGUUAGCUAAAGUCGACGGAGGAAGGGGAUGGUGCAACGUGAACCAUGGCGCGCAAGUGACCGAAGCCGCUCAGUCAAGCAGAGCAGCGGCAGAGAGCCACAUGGUUUGUCAUGUAAUCAAUUGAGGUGGCAAACAGUGGCCAAAACCAAGUGGCCAACGCCUUUCAGUGAGGUGGAGCCGAUGCUGAGAGCCACAUCGCUUCGAUGUGCUCGACUCUUUCUCCGUCCCCUCUCUUCUUCCCUUAUCGUCGCUCCAGCUGUCGCGCCCAACCAGGCGUCCUUUUGUCGUUCAAGCAUGAAUGUAUGGUUGAUGCGUCGGAUAUUCGGUUUGGCCAGGAACUGACUACUAUGCUCGGAUUUGCAUUGCCUUGGAAUGCAUGUGGUUGUUCUUAUUUCCUCUUGGCCACCUCUCCUGCUG